AAUGCACCCAGGAAUUCGAUCUUUGUGCUACACGCUUGUGCGCAUAAUCCUACCGGCGUGGACCCUACACCUGCACAAUGGGAUGAACUUUCUAAAGUCAUCAAAGGACGUGGACACUUCCCGCUUUUUGACAUGGCUUACCAAGGAUUCGCAUCAGGAGACACGAAUCACGAUGCAUAUGCUAUAAGAAAAUUU